AUGUCUGAAACUCUUUCUUUUAAGGAUAGAGUUGUCGUAAUUACAGGUGCAGGUGGUGGAUUAGGUAAAGCCUAUGCUUUAGAAUAUGCUAAACGUGGUGCUAAAGUCGUUAUUAAUGAUUUAGGUGGUACUUUAAAAGGGUCAGGUCAUAAUGCUAAAGCUGCAGAUUUAGUAGUUAAAGAUAUUAAUGAUCUUGGAGGUAUUGCUGUACCAAAUUAUGAUUCUGUAACUGAUAAUGCUUCAAAUAUUAUUAAAACAGCAAUAGAUAAUUUUGGUAGAGUAGACAUUUUAAUUAAUAAUGCAGGGAUCUUAAGAGAUGUCUCUAUUGCAAAAAUGACACCUCAAGAUUUUCAAUCAGUUAUUGAUGUUCAUUUAAAUGGUGCUUAUAAAAUUACUAGAGCUGCUUGGCCAUAUAUGCGUGAACAAAAAUUUGGUAGAAUUAUUAAUACUUGUUCGCCUGCUGGAUUAUUUGGAAAUUUUGGUCAGGCAAAUUAUUCUGCAGCAAAAUUAGGUCUUGUUGGGUUUGCUGAAACUUUAGCUAAAGAAGGUUUUAAAUACAAUAUCUUUGUUAAUUCCAUUGCACCUUUAGCAAGAUCAAGAAUGACUGAAAAUGUUUUACCAGCUCAUAUUUUAAAACAAUUAGGUCCUGAAAAAAUUGUUCCUUUAGUAUUAUAUUUAACACAUCAAGAUACUACUGUAACUCAUUCAAUUUUUGAAUUAGCAGCUGGAUUUUAUGGACAAAUUAGAUGGGAAAGAUCAUCAGGUCAAAUUUUUAAUCCAGAAGAUCCAAAUUUUUUUACACCUGAAGCAAUCUUAAAUAAAUGGUCUGAAAUUACUGAUUUUAAAGAUAAAUCAUUUAAUAAGACACAACAUCCUUUACAAUUAUCUGAUUAUAAUGAUUUAAUUACAAAAGCAAGAAAUUUACCAAAGGAAAAUAAUCAAGGUUCAAUUAAGAUUAAUUCGUUAAAAGGUAAAGUAGUAAUUAUUACUGGUGCAGGUGGUGGACUUGGGAAAUCUCAUGCCUUAUGGUUUGCUCAAUAUGGUGCUAAAGUUGUUAUUAAUGAUAUUAAGGAUCCACAAAUCAUAGUAGAUGAAAUUAAUUCUAAAUUUGGUAAUCAAUCUGCAAUUGCUGAUACUCAUAAUAUUAUUACUGAAUCACAACAAAUUAUUGAAAAUGCAAUGAAACAAUUUGGUCGUAUAGAUAUCUUGAUUAAUAAUGCAGGUAUCUUACGUGAUAGAUCAUUUAUUAAAAUGACUGAUUCUGAAUGGGAAUCUGUUUUACAAGUUCAUUUAUUGGCAACUUUUGCAAUGACAAAAGCUGUUUGGCCAAUUUUCACUCAACAGAAAACAGGGUUUAUUAUUAAUACUACUUCAACAUCAGGUAUUUAUGGUAAUUUUGGUCAGGCCAAUUACGCAGCUGCUAAAGCCGCCAUAUUAGGAUUUUCUAAGACUUUAGCAGUAGAAGGUUUUAAAAAAGGUAUUAAAGUGAAUAUUAUUGCACCUCAUGCAGAGACCGCAAUGACAAAGACAAUAUUUGGUGAAAAAGAAUUAAAGAAUCAUUUCGAUGCAUCACAAGUUUCUCCUCUAGUGGUAUUAUUAGCAUCUGAUGAAUUACAAUCUUCUGUAAAAUCUAAAAACGGUGUUACUGGUCAAUUAUUUGAAGUUGGUGGUGGUUGGUGUGGCCAAACAAGAUGGGAAAGAAGUUCUGGUUAUGUUGCAUUAAGUAAUGAAGUUACUCCAGAAAUGAUUAAAGAAAAUUGGUCUCAAGUUACUAAUUUUUCAAAUGGUAAAUCUAUCCAUCCACAAUCAACUAACGAAUCAUCUAUGGCCAUUUUACAAAGUGUUCAGAGAGCCAUUGCCACACAAGGUACUAACAAAUCUUCAACUGAUAAAGGUUCUGUUUCUUUCAAUGAACCUGGUGGAUUUACAUAUACACACAAAGACUGUAUUUUAUACAAUCUGGGGUUAGGUGCAAAGAGUAAUGAAUUACAAUAUGUUUAUGAAAAUGAUUCAAAAUUUCAAGUUUUACCAACUUAUGCUGUAAUUCCAUAUAUGCAAUCAACAAUGUCCUUAGAUAUGGAAUCUUUAGUUGACAAUUUUAAUUAUGCUAUGCUUUUACAUGGAGAACAAUAUUUUAAAUUGGGUUCAACCAAAUUACCAACUAAAGGUCAAUUAAAGACUGUAGCUAAACCAUUACAAGUAGUCGAAAAGGGAGGGAAAGCAGCCGUUAUAGUUGGAGGAUUCGAAACCUAUGAUGUUAAGACUAAAAAAUUGUUUGCUUACAAUGAGGGAACUUUUUUCAUUAGGGGUGCUAAAGUACCAUCGUCAAAACAAGUUAUGAAUAAGAGAGCACCAUUUGCCAUUGAAAAUUUUAAAGCACCAACCUCUACAACACCUGAUUUCGAAAUUGAAAUUACUACAGAUGAGGAUCAAGCUGCAUUAUAUAGACUUUCUGGUGAUUAUAAUCCAUUACAUAUUGAUCCUAUCGUUGCCCAAUCUGUAAGAUUCCCUAAACCAAUCUUACAUGGAUUAUGUACCAUGGGUAUUGCUGGUAAAGCACUUUAUGAUAAGUAUGGCCCUUAUGAUGAGAUGAAGGUUCGUUUCACAAAUGUUAUGUUUCCUGGCAACAAGUUGAAAGUAAGUGCUUGGAAGAAUGGUAAUAUUGUUAUAUUCCGUGCAGUUGAUUUGAAUAGAGACGUUGUUGUCCUGGACAAUUGUGCUUUGAAAUUGAUUGACAAAGCUAAAUUAUAA